AUGUUUUUCUCACCGGCCCACUGUCUCAUCCUUUUACUCGUCUUGAACUUCACUGAUGCUGGACGGAUUCUGAGGAAGAUCAAGGAGCGUGUGCGUAAUCUCCAGCUGCAGGAAGCCAAGCAGCAUCUCCAGAAGCAGACGGUCAGUGGUCGUCAGCCUCUCCAGCAUGUUAAGGAGGGCAGGAUUCACCAACAGCUGGACCACUUCAACCGACAAGACGUUAGCACCUUCCCUCAGAGGUUCUUUGUGAAUGAGGCGUACUGGCAACGUCCUCAUGGUCCAGUGUUCCUCUUCAUCGGAGGAGAAGGGCCCAUCUUUGAGUUUGAUGUUCUGGCCGGUCACCAUGUUGACAUGGCUGAAGAGAAUGGGGCUUUGCUAUUGGCUUUGGAGCACCGUUUCUAUGGUGACAGCAUCAACCCUGACGGUCUCAAAACGGAGAACCUGGCACACCUGAGCAGCCAGCAGGCGUUAGUGUUGGCUCCCUACCAGAGCUUGCUGACUUGGCUGUAUUCCAACAGUACAUCAGCCAAAACUUCAAUCUGA